CUCUCUCUCUCUCUCUUUCUCUUCUCUACCCUUUCUUCCUUUAUUAUUCUUCCCUGCCCCUCUUUUUAUCUCUCAUCAUAUUUGUCUGUCUCUCUCUCUGUCUACUUCACAUUUAUCUCUUGAUCAUUUUCAAGAUCAUUCAUUUUUGUGUGGUGGGUUGUCUGUAUUUGUUGUGAUCUGAUGGCUAAGAGGAUGCAAGGGUUUGCGUUGGAUUCAUCAUCUUAUGGUCCGUAUGAGGGUGCUAAAACCAGGUUCAAGCAUCAGGCUCUUAUGCAAGAUUACCAAGAGCUGCAGAAGGAAUCAGAUGCCAUGAGAAACAAAUUGGAGACCAUGAAACUCAGGAAACUGGCCUUAUUAGCAGAAGUUCGAUUCUUGCGGCAAAGAUACAAACACCUAUUGAAAAAUAAGUCUCCCAAUCCUCCUCAAGAACAAAAACGUAUGCAACAACAAAAUACUGAAAACCAAAUCAAAAGCAUUGUGAUGAAUGGUAUUCACAGCAAAAAGGAGGCUGCACUGUGCAAGUUGCCCCUGAUUUUUAAUCAUAAACAAAAGGGAAGAAUGUAUGCUGGAAAGCAAGCUUCUCUCCGAAAUGUUGCUACAACUUUCGAAGCAAGCCAUGUGCAAAGCUCACAUGAUGGAAUAGAAGCUGCUCUUCGAAAUGCAACUCCGAGUCUUGACUUCAGUGACAAGCUAAUAUUGCGAAGUGGAAAGGAACCUUUUCUCCACCAUUUAACUCCGCCUUCAGAUUUAGAACACAUGAGAAGUGUAUAUAGAGCAAAGGGUGUCCUUCAGACCCCAAUGGUAGUCAAUAAUUUGAACCAGAAGGGAAGAAUAAAUGGUGGAAAUGAUGCUGCUCCAUGGAAUCCAGCUCCUCCGAUAUUCAAUUUAAAUCAGAAGGAAAGUAGUAUCGGUGGAAAGGAAUUAGGGAGAGCUCCGAUUUUUGACUUAAACCAGAUAUCAGGAGAAGAAGAGGAUUUUCAGAAUAAUUCUGAGCUGUCUAGAAUUGAGGAGCCUAUGAAUGAUUCGAGCAGAGGCGACGAGCAUCUCAAUGAUUUGAAGCUAUCUGCGUGUAGGAACAUUGAGGAUGGUUCGGCUCGUGUCAGGAAAGGGAAGAUUUCAUGGCAAGACCCGGUUGCCUUGAGGGUUUGAUAAUGUUCAUUCUUCGGUUCAAUGGAAGAUCCAGAGCACAUUAGUUGGCUCAAAAUGCUUUGGCUUGCUUCACAAUUGUGAGUGAUUAAAUCUAUAACCUCAAAGUUCAUUUUUUUUCCUUUUUGUAAAGGAAAAUUAGGUUUAUAUAUCGAAACAAUUGUUGAAACGUGUGUUUAUCAUCACAAUUGUUGUGUAGUCUCUACAUUGUUUUCGGCUUUUUAACUGGAGGGAAGGAGAAACUUGGAAUCAUCGGUGUCCAAAUUAGUGCCAGAACAACUUACCCUUUGUGCUUUGGUUCUCGCAUACCACUUGCGCUCUUUGCCUAGGUGGGUCAAUUGAGUUUUCAACAAGGAUUUUGCGAGCAUUGCACUUUGCUUCGCAUACAAAUUCUUUUUGUUAUGUUUUGUGGGCGACACGUGCAAAUUAAUUAAUGUUGUAGGUGUUAUUCGAGAAAUCAAAGGUGUACAAGCCUAGUUGGUUGCCUCACGGGUCGAAGUUUGUUCUUGUCAAAUGUUAAGGAGAUCUAUUGUGUCAAAUGUUAAGUAGAUCUAUUGUGUCUUUUUUUAUUUUUUGCUCUUUUCUUUACGGUG